GUUUACCCAGGGAGUCAUAUAAAGAUAAACUCAGAUAACCUGAAUCAAUAUUUCCUCACUGGGACCCAUGGAGCCCCCACAGCUGUUUUCCUGAUAACUCGGCAAAUGCCCCACCCACCCUUUGCACCUCCCUUGUCCUCCCGCCCUCAGAUGCCUGCUAGGCAUAUAAGUCCUGGACCCCUGCCCUGGGAUGCUCUCCUGUGCCACCCUCCUGAGCCUCCAUGGGGCUGCCACUAGCUCGCCUGGUGGCUGUGUGCCUAGUCCUGGCCUUAGCCAGGGGCUCGGAGCUCCAGAAAGAAAUCAUAUCCCGAAACCAUGUCUGCAGCACCUGGGGCAACUUCCACUACAAAACCUUUGAUGGCGAUGUCUUCCGAUUCCCUGGCCUCUGUGAUUACAACUUUGCCUCUGAUUGCCGAGACUCCUACAAGGAAUUUGCUGUCCAUCUGAAGCGGGGCUCGGGCCAGGCUGGGGGUCACCCCCAGAUAGAGUCCGUCAUCAUUACCAUUAAGGAUGACACCAUCUACCUCACCCACAAGCUGGCAGUGGUGAACGGGGCCAUGGUCAGCACCCCACACUACAGCUCCGGGCUCCUCAUUGAGAAGAACGAUGCAUACACCAAAGUCUACUCCCGUGCUGGUCUCUCCCUCAUGUGGAACCGGGAAGAUGCACUCAUGCUAGAACUAGACAGCCGGUUCCAGAACCACACCUGUGGUCUCUGCGGGGACUUCAAUGGCAUACAGACCUAUUAUGAGUUCCUCAAAGAAGGCAUACACUACAGUGCCAUUGAAUUUGGGAACAUGCAGAAGAUCAACACGCCUGAGGAUGAGUGCCAGGACCCGGAGGUGGUGCAAGAGCCAGAGUCUUGCUCUGAGCAUCGAGCCGAGUGUGAGAGGCUGCUGACCUCCACAGCCUUCGAGGACUGCCAGGCCCGGGUGCCCGUGGAGUUGUAUGUGCGCGCCUGCAUGCAGGACCGUUGCGCGUGUCCUCAGGAUGGUGCCUGCGAGUGCAGCACCCUUGCCGAGUUCUCCCGCCAGUGCUCCCACGCAGGCGGCCGACCUGAGAACUGGAGGACUGCCUCACUCUGCCCCAAGAAAUGCCCUGGUAACAUGGUAUACCUGGAGAGCAGCUCGCCCUGCAUAGACACCUGCUCACAUCUGGAGGUCAGCAGUUUGUGUGAGGAACACUACAUGGAUGGCUGCUUCUGCCCAGAAGGCACUGUGUACGAUGACAUCACGGGCAGGGGCUGCGUCCCUGUGAGCCAGUGCCACUGCAAGCUGCAUGGGCACCUCUAUCGGCCAGGCCAGGAUAUUACCAAUAACUGUGAGACCUGUGUCUGCAAGGCUGGUCGCUGGGAGUGUCAAGAACGGAAUUGCUCUCAGACCUGUGCCCUAGAAGGUGGCUCCCACAUCACCAGCUUUGAUGGAAAAACGUUUACCUUUCACGGGGACUGCUACUAUGUCUUGACCAAGGGCCAGCAGGAUGACUCCUAUGCCCUCCUGGGUGAGCUGGCCCCCUGUGGCUCCACAGACAAGCAGACCUGCCUGAAAACUGUCCUGCUACUGACUGACAACAAGAAGAACGUGGUGGCCUUCAAAUCAGGUGGCAGUGUGUUACUCAAUGACCUGGAGGUGACCCUGCCCCAUGUGGCAGCAAGCUUCUCCAUCUUUCAACCCUCUUCCUACCACAUUGUUGUGAACACGGCGUUCGGGCUGCGGCUACAGGUUCAACUGGUCCCAAUCAUGCAGCUUUUUGUGACUCUGGACCAGUCUGCCAAGGGACAGGUGCAGGGUCUCUGUGGAAACUUCAACGGCAAUGAAUAUGAUGACUUCAUGACGUCUGGCGGGCUGGUGGAGGCCACGGGUGCCGGCUUCGCCAACACCUGGAAGGCCCAGUCAAGCUGCCAUGACAAGUUAGACUGGCUAGAUGACCCCUGUUCCCUCAACAUUGAGAGUGCCAAUUAUGCUGAGCACUGGUGUUCCCUACUGAAGAAGUCAGAGACCCCUUUUGCCAGGUGCCACCUGACUGUGGACCCCACUGACUACUACAAGAGGUGCAAAUACGACACGUGCAACUGUCAGAACAAUGAGGACUGCAUGUGCGCAGCUCUGUCUUCCUAUGCCCACGCCUGUGCUGCCAAGGGGGUCAUGCUGUGGGGCUGGCGGGAGCGCGUCUGCAACAAAGAUGUGCAUGCUUGCCCCAGCUCACAGAUCUUCCUGUACAACCUGACCACUUGCCAGCAGACCUGCCGCUCCCUCUCAGAGGGUGACGCUCACUGCCUCAAGGGAUUUGCCCCUGUGGAAGGCUGUGGCUGCCCUGACAAUACCUUCAUGGAUGAGAAAGGCCGCUGUGUGCCCUUGGCUAAGUGCUCCUGCUACCACUACGGACUUUACCUGGAGGCAGGAGAAGUGAUCCUGAGGCAAGGGGCGCGCUGCAUUUGCCGGAACGGGAGGCUGCAAUGCACCCAGGUCAAAUUGCUUGGCCACACCUGUAAGCACCCCAAAAUCCUUGUGGAUUGCAACAACUUGACUGCUCUGGCCACCCGGGAACCCCGCCCCACUAGCUGCCAGACACUGGUGGCUGGCUAUUACCAUACAGAGUGUGUCAGCGGAUGUGUGUGUCCCGAUGGGGAACUGGACGAUGGCCAAGGUGGCUGUGUGAAGGAGGAGGAGUGUCCUUGCUUCCACAACAAAGACCUAUACAAACCUGGGGCCCAGAUCAAACUGGACUGUAACAACACCUGUACUUGCCAGAAAGGACGCUGGGAGUGCACCCGCUAUGCAUGCCACAGCACCUGCUCCAUCUAUGGGAGCGGCCACUACAUCACCUUCGAUGGGAAGCACUAUGACUUUGAUGGACACUGCUCCUAUGUGGCUGUCCAGGACUACUGUGGCCAGAACUCUACUGGCUCCUUCAGCAUUAUCACCGAGAAUGUCCCCUGUGGCACCACAGGCGUUACCUGCUCCAAGGCCAUAAAGAUAUUUAUAGGGGGGACAGAGCUGAAGCUGAUGGAUAAACAUCGUGUGGUACGGCACUUGGGAAAUAGGCACCAUGUGCCCUACAUCACACGGAAAGUGGGCCUGUACCUGGUAGUGGAGGCCAGCCCUGGUAUUAUCGUUAUCUGGGACAAGAGGACCACCAUCUUCAUCAAACUGGCUCCUUCUUACAAGGGCACUGUAUGCGGUCUGUGUGGGAACUUUGAUGACCAGACCAAGAAUGACUUCACCACUCGGGACCACAUGGUGGUGACCAGUGAGCUGGACUUUGGAAAUAGCUGGAAGGAAGCUUCCACGUGCCCAGAUGUGAACCACACCCCAGACCCCUGUGCCCUAAAUCCACACCGUCGCUCCUGGGCAGAGAAGCAGUGCAGCAUUAUCAAAAGUGAUGUAUUCAAAGGGUGCCACAGCAAGGUGGAUCCCACGGUCUUCUAUGAGGCCUGUGUGCACGACUCCUGCUCCUGCGACACGGGUGGUGACUGUGAGUGUUUCUGCUCCGCUGUGGCCUCCUAUGCUCAAGAAUGCACCAAGGCAGAGGCCUGCGUGUUCUGGAGGAGGCCGGACCUAUGCCCUGUAUUCUGUGAUUACUACAACCUCCCAAAUGAGUGUACAUGGCACUAUGAACCGUGUGGGAACCGCAGCUUUGAGACCUGCAGGACCAUCAACGGCAUCCACUCCAACAUCUCUGUGUACUACCUGGAGGGUUGCUACCCUCGGUGCCCUGAGGACAAGCCAAUAUAUGAUGAGGACAAUAUGAGCUGUGUCACUGAGGACAAGUGUGGCUGCUAUGUUGAUGGCAUUCACUAUCCACCCAAUUCACCAAUUCCCACUAAGGAUAUCUGCGAGUCUUGUAUGUGCAACAACACUUCAAAAGUCAACUGCAGUCUAGAUGUAGGAAAGGUUGUUAACGAGACCCAGCAUGAUGUCUUCUGCUACUGGGAGAUCUGCGACUCCAAUGGAACAAUAAAACCACACUUCAAUAUAUGUGGAUCCUCCCUGGCACCCCCAACCACCUUGACAAGCUUCACCACAAUCUCUACCCCUAUUACCAUCUCCAUCACCACUACAACAACUGCCACUUCCACUACCUCCACUGCCACCCCCACAGUCACGAUAACUCCUGAAGUAUGCUGCUGGACUGAUUGGAUCAACAACAACCAUCCUAGCGCUGGCAGUAAUGGUGGUGAGCGAGAGACCUUCGACAGCAUCUGUAGUGCUCCUGUGGACAUUGAGUGCAGGUCAGCCACAGACCCCACACUCAGCUGGCAGGAUCUGGAGCAGAAGGUACAGUGUAAUGUCUCAUUUGGGCUCAUUUGCAAUAACGAAGACCAGUAUGGAAACGGACUAUUUGAACUUUGUUAUGACUAUGAGAUACGAGUCAAGUGUUGCUCUCCAGAGGUGAACUGUUCUAUUUCAACCGCCUCAUCCACAGCUUCACCAACAAUCUCACCUAGAACUUCACCAACAGCCUCACCUACCACUUCACCAACAGCCUCAUCUACCACUUCACCAACAACUCCACCUACCACUUCAACAGUUUCACCAACUACUCCAGCUACCACAUCACCAACAAGCUUGCCUACCACUACACCAACCAUUUCACCAACCACUACACCAACCAUUUCAUCUAGUGCUACACCAGUGACUUCAUUUACCACUUCACAGACAUCUUCACCAACCACCUCUGUUACAACUUCACCAACCCCUUCACUAGGCACCUCAACUGCCACAUCACCAAGCACCUCACCUACCAUUUCAUCAACCUUGUCUACUCUGUCCUCCUCCUCCUCCUCCACCACCACCACCACCACCACCACCACCACCACCACCACCACCACCACCACCACCACCACCACCGCCACCACCACCCCAUGCAUUGAAAACAUUGAAGAGUGCGAGUGGACUGGCUGGACGGAUUCUGGCAAACCUAAAAAUGAUAAAAACAGUGGAGAUUUUGAACCGAUUGGAGAUGCCUGUAAAACAGGUUGGGAAGUAGCUGACAUCUCCUGCAGAGCUGUGAUGUAUAACGACAAAACACUUGAACAGCUAGGACAGAUUGUCACUUGUAACACAGAAGUUGGGCUAGUAUGUAAAAAUUCAGAUCAGAAAUUAGGAGGGUAUAUCCCAAUGCCUGUGUGUGUCAACUAUGAGAUCAAUGUUAAGUGCUGUGAGUGCUGUAAGCCAGAAUGCUCCGAGACGACACCACUUUCAACCACUACUAUAGUGACUACUAUCCCAACAUCUACCAGCACAAAGACCCCAACACCAAACUCUACUACCACACAGACCACAACACCGACACCCAGAUAUACCACUACAGAGACAAGCCCAACACCAAGUACCACAGUGACUCAAACCCAAACAUCUACCACAACAGAGAUAUCAACCAUAGAAAGAUCGACUCCAUCAUUUACCACCACUCAGACAUCGAGCCCCACACCCACUACAACAAUGACUUCAACCGUGUCAACAACCACCCCAGUAAUGUCAACUCCAUUAUGGAAUACAACAGAGACCACAACACCCACCCCUAGUCCAAAUACCUCCAUGCCAACAUCUACCAUCACAGAAACACCAAGUUCAAAACCGACCACACAAGGGACUCCAACCCCAAUAACUCCCACCCCAGAAACCUCAAGUCCAAUAUCUUCUACCACACAGAUCACAACAACAACCACUAGUCUAGGUACCUCAACUCCAACAUCUACAACCAUAGAGACACCAACACCAACUACCUUAGUGACUCCAACCCCAAAACCUAGCAGCCCAGAAACCCCAACUCAAUUAUCUACAACCACACAGACCUCAACAACAACACCUAUUUCAGGAACAGUCCCUACAACAGCGACCACAACAAAGACACCAACCCCAACCCCAACCACAACAGUGACCAAAACCCCAAUACUUAUGACCACAGAAACAUCAACUCCAAUAUCUACUACCACACAGAUCACAACACCAACACCUAGUCAAGGAACAACCACUAGUCUAGGUACCUCAACUAUAACAUCUACCACCAGGAAGACACCAACCCCAACCGAGACCACCAUAGUGACUUCAACCCCAAAAACUAGCAGUCCAGAAACCCCAACACCAAUAUCUACUACCACACAGACCAUAUCACCAACACCAAGUCAAGAGACACCAACCCCAACUCUGACUACCACAGUAACUCACACACAAACACCAACCAUCAUAAAAACCUCUACUCCAACAUCUACUUCUACACAAACCAUAACAACAACCACAGGUGUAGGUACGUCCACUCCGACAUCUACUCCCACAGAGACACCAACCCCAACCUCGACCCCUAUAGUGAGUUCAACGCCAACAUCUAGCAGCCCAGAAACCCCAACUCCAAAAUCAAUUACCACACAGACCACAGCACCAACACAUAGUGAAGCAACCACUAGUCUAGGAACGUCCACUCCAACACCUACUCCCACGGAGACACCAACCCCAACCCCGACCACCAUACUGAUUUCAACCCCAAAACUUAGCAGCCCAGAAACCUCAACUCCAAUAUCUACUACCACACAUACCACAACACCAACACCAAGUGAAGGUACCUCCACUCCAACAUCUACUCCCACAGAGACACCAACCCCAACUCUGACUACCACAGUAACUCACACCCCAACACCUACCAUCAUAGAAACCUCUACUCCAACAUCUACUUCUACACAAACCACAACAACAACCACUAGUGUAGGUACGUCCACUCCAACAUCUACCACCACAGAGACACCAACCCCAACCCAGACCACCAUAGUGACUUCAACACCAAAAACUAGCAGCCCAGAAACCCCAACACCAAUAUCUACUACCACACAGACCACAACACCAACACGAAGUCAAGGCACCUCCACUCCAACAUCUACUCCCAAAGAGACACCAACCCGAACUCUGACUACCACUGAGACUCCCAACCCAACACCUACCAUCAUAGAAACUUCUAGUCCAACAUCUACUUCUACACAAACCACAAUCACAACCACUAGUGUAGGUACGUCCACUCCAACAUCUACCACCACAGAGACACCAACCCCAACCCAGACCACCAUAGUGACUUCAACCCCAAAACCAGGCAGCCCAGAAACCUCAACUCCAAUAUCUACUUCCACACAGACCACUAAACCAACACUUAGUCAAGGUACCUCCACUCCAACAUAUACACCCACAGAGACACCAACCCCAAAUCUGACUACCACAGUAACUCAAACUCCAACACCUACCAUCAUAGAAACCACUACUCCAACAUCUACUUCUACACAAACCACAACAGCAACCACUAGUCUAGGGCCCUCCACUCCAACAUCUACUCCCACAGAGACAGCAACCCCAAAUCUGACUACCACAGUAACUUCCAACCCAACACCUAUCAUCAUAGAAACCUCUACUCCAACAUCUACUUCUACACAAACCACAACAGCAACCACUAGUGUAGGCACGUCCACUCCAACAUCUACCACCACAGAGACACCGACCCCAAAUCUGACUAGCACAGUAACUGAAACCCCAACACCUACCAUCAUAGAAACCUCUACUUCAACAUCUACUUCUACACAAACCACAACAACCACUAGUCUAGGGACCUCCACUCCAACAACUACACCCACAGAGACACCAACCCCAACUCUGACUACAACAGUAACUCAAACCCCAACACCUACCAUCAUAAAAACCUCUACUCCAACAUCUACUUCUACACAAACCACAACAACAACCACUAGUGUAGGUAAGUCCACUCCAACAACAACCACCACAGUGACACCGACCCCAACCCCAACCACCAUAGUGAUUUCAACAUCAAAACCUAGUAGCCCAGAAACCUCAACUCCAAUAUCUACUACCACACAGAUCACUUCACCAACACUUAGUCAAGGUACCUCCACCCCAACAUCUACACCCACAGAGACACCAACCCCCAACCUGACUACCACAGUAACUCAAACGCCAACCCCUAACAUCAUAGAAAGUGCUACUUCAAAAUCUACUUCUACACAAACCACAACAGCAACCACUAGUCUAGGUACGUCCACUCCAACAUCUCUUCCCACAGAGACACCAACCCCAAAUCUGACUACCACAGUGAUUCCCAACAAAACACCUACCAUCAUAGGAACCCCUACUCCAACAUCUACUGCUACACAAACCACAACAACAACCACUAGUCUAGGUCCCUCCACUCCAACAUCUACUCCCACAGAGACACCAACCGCAACUCUGACUACCACAGUAACUCACACACCAACACCUAACAUCAUAGAAUCCACUACUCCAACAUCUACUUCUGCACAAACCAAAACAGCAACCACUAGUGUAGGUACGUCCACUCCAACAUCUACCUCCAGAAAGACACCAACGCCAACACCGACCAUCAUAGUGACUUCAACCAUAAAACCUAGCAGCCCAGAAACCUCAACUCCAAUAUCUACUACAACACAGACCACUACACCAACACUUAGUCAAGGUACCUCCACUCCAAUAUCUACACCCACAGAGACACCAACCCCAAAUCUGACUACCACAGUAACUCAAACCCCAACACCUACCAUCAUAGAAACCACUACUCCAACAUCUACUUCUACACAAACCACAACAGCAACCAGUAGCCUAGGUACAUCCACGCCAACAUCUACUCCCACAGAGAUACCAACCCAUAAUCUGAGUACCACAGUAACUCCCAACCCAACACCUACCAUCAUAGAAACUUUUACUACAACAUCUACUUCUACACAAACCACAACAACAACCACAAGUCUAGGGACCUCGAGUCCAACAUCUCCCACGAUAGAGACACCAACCCCAACACUAACUACCACAGUAACUCACACACCAACACCUAUCAUCAUAGAAACCUCUACUCCAAAAUCUACUUCUACACAAACUGCAACAACAACCACUAGUAUAGGUACGUCCACUCCAACAUCUACAACCACAGAGACACCAACCCCAACAACGACAACCAUAGUGACUUCAACCCCAAAACCUAGCAGCCCAGAAACCUCAACUCCAAUAUAUACUGCCACACAUACUACAACACCAACACCAAGUGAAGGUAUCUCCACUCCAACAUCUACUUCCACAGAGACACCAACCCCAACUCUGACUACCACAGUAACUCACACACCAACACCUACCAUCAUAGAAACCUCUACUCCAACAUCUACUUCUACACAAACUACAACAACAACCACUAGUGUAGGUACGUCCACUCAAACAUCUACCACCACAGAGACACCAACCCCAACCCCGACCACAAUAGUGACUUCAACUCCAAAAACUAGCAGCCCAGAAACCCCAACACCAAUAUCUACUACCACACAGACCACUACACCAACACUUAGUCAACGUACCUCCACUGCAAUAACUACACCCACAGAGACACCAACCCCAAAUCUGCCUACCACAGUAACUCAAACCCCAACACCUACCAUCAUAGAAACCACUACUCCAACAUCUACUUCUACACAAACCACAACAGCAACCACAAGUCUAGGGCCCUCCACUCCAACAUCUACUCCCACAGAGACACCAACCCCAAAUCUGACUACCACAGUAACUUCCAACCCAACACCCAGCAUCAUAGAAACCUCUACUCCAACAUCUACUUUUACACAAACCACUACAACAACCACUAGUCUAGGUCCCUCCACUCCAACAUCUACUCCCACAGAGACACCAACCCCAAAUCUAACUACGACAGUAACUCACACACCAACACCUAUCAUCAUAGAAACCACUGCUCCAACAUCUACUUCUACACAUACCACAACAGCAACCACUAGUCUAGGCACGUCCACUCCAACAUCUACUCCCACAGAGACACCAACCCCAAAUCUGACUACCACAGUAACUUCCAACUCAACACCUACCAUCAUAGAAACCUCUACUCCAACAUCUACUUUUACACAAACCACUACAACAACCACUAGUCUAGGUCCCUCCACUCCAACAUCUACUCCCACAGAGACACCAACCCCAAAUCUAACUACGACAGUAACUCACACACCAACACCUAUCAUCAUAGAAACCACUGCUCCAACAUCUACUUCUACACAUACCACAACAGCAACCACUAGUCUAGGCACGUCCACUCCAACAUCUACUCCCACAGAGACACCAACCCCAAAUCUGACUACCACAGUAACUUCCAACUCAACACCUACCAUCAUAGAAACCUCUACUCCAACAUCUACUUUUACACAAACCACAACAGCAACCACUAGUCUAGGGCCCUCCACUCCAACAUCUACUCCCACAGAGACACCAUCCCCAACUCUAACUACCACAGUAACUCACACACCAACACCUAUCAUCAUAGAAACCUCUACUCCAAAAUCUACUUCUACACAAACCGCAACAACAACCACUAGUAUAGGUACGUCUACUCCAACAUCUACCACCACAGAGACACCAACCACAACCCCGACAACCAUAGUGACUUCAACCCCAAAACCUAGCAGCCCAGAAACCUCAACUACAAUAUCUUCUACAACACAGACCACUACACCAACACUUAGUCAAGGUACCUCCACUCCAAUAUCUACACUCACAGAGACACCAACCCCAAAUCUGACUACCACAGUAACUCAAACCCAAACACCUACCAUCAUAGAAACCACUACUCCAACAUCUACUACACAAACCACAACAGCAACCACUAAAACCUCUACUCCAACAUCUACUUCUACACAAACCGCAACAACAACCACUAGUGUAGGUACGUCCACUCCAACAUCUACCACCACAGAGACACCAACCACAACCCCGACAACCAUAGUGACUUCAACCCCAAAAUCUAGCAGCCCAGAAACCUCAACUCAAAUAUCUUCUACAACACAGACCACUACACCAACACUUAGUCAAGAGACACCAACCCCAAAUCUGACUACCACAGUAACUUCCAACCCAACACCUACCAUCAUAGAAACCUCUACUCCAACAUCUACUUUUACACAAACCACAACAACAACCACUAGUCUAGGGCCCUCCACUCCAACAUCUACUCCCACAGAGACACCAACCCCAACUCUGACUACCACAACACCAACCCCAACUCUAACUACCGCAGUAACUCACACACCAACAACUAUCAUCAUAGAAACCUCUACUCCAACAUCUACUUCUACACAAACCGCAACAACAACCACUAGUGUAGGUACGUCCACUCCAACAUCUACCACCACAGAGACACCAACCACAACCCCGACAACCAUAGUGACUUCAACCCCAAAAUCUAGCAGCCCAGAAACCUCAACUCAAAUAUCUUCUACAACACAGACCACUACACCAACACUUAGUCAAGGUACCUCCACUCCAAUAUCUACACCCACAGAGACACCAACUCCAAAUCUGACUACCACAAUAACUCAAACCCCAACACCUACCAUCAUAGAAACCACUACUCCAACAUCUACUUCUACACAAACCACAAUAGCAACCACUAGUCUAGGCACGUCCACUCCAACAUCUACUCCCACAGAGACACCAACCCCAAAUCUGACUACCACAGUAACUUCCAACCCAACACCUACCAUCAUAGAAACCUCUACUCCAACAUCUACUUUUACACAAACCACAACAACAACUACUAGUACGUCCACUCCAACAUCUACCACCACAGAGACAGCAACCCCAACCCCGACUACCAUAGUGACUUCAACCCCAAAACCGGGCAGCUCAGAAACCUCAACUCCAAUAUCUUCUACAACACAGACCACUACACCAACACUUAGUCAACGUACCUCCACUCCAAUAUAUACACCCACAGAGAAACCAACCCCAAAUCUGACUACCACAAUAACUCAAACCCCAACACCCACCAUCAUAGAAACCACUACUCCAACGUCUACUUCUACACAAACCACAAUAGCAACCACUAGUCUAGGCACGUCCACUCCAACAUCUACUCCCACAGAGACACCAACCCCAAAUCUGACUACCACAGUAACUUCCAACCCAACACCUACCAUCAUAGAAACCUCUACUCCAACAUCUACUUUUACACAAACCACAACAACAACCACUAGUCUAGGGCCCUCCACUCCAACAUCUACUCCCACAGAGACACCAACCCCAACUCUAACUACCACAGUAACUCAAACACGAACACCUAUCAUCAUAGAAACCUCUACUCCAACAUCUACUUCUACACAAACCGCAACAACAACCACUAGUCUAGGUACGUCCACCCCAACAUCUACCACUACAGAGACACCAACCCCAACCCCGACAACCAUAGUGACUUCAACCCCAAAACCUAGCAGCCCAGAAACCUCAACAUCUUCUAUAACACAGACCAUUACACCAACACCCACUAGUCUAGGUACGUCCACUCCAACAUCUACCACCACAGAGACCCCAACCCCAACCCCGACCACCAUAGUGACUUCAACAUCAAAACCUAGUAGCCCAGAAACCUCAACUCCAAUAUCUACUACCACACAGACCACAACACCAACACAUAGUCAAAGUACCUCCACUCCAACAUCUACACCCACAGAGACGCCAACCCCAAAUCUGUCUACCACAGUGACUCCCACCCCAACACCUAUCAUCAUAGACACCUCUACUCCAACAUCUACUUCUACACAAACCACAACAACAACAACCACUAGUCAAGGUACCUUCACUCCAACAUCAGCCACCAUAAAGACACCAAGUUCAAUGUCCACUAUUACAGUGACUUCAACCCCAACACCUUCCACUACUGAGACCCCAACACUUACUACCACAGAAGCCUCAACUCCAAUUUCUACUACAACACAUGUGACAACAGCAACAAUUGUUACAGAGACCUCCACUCCAACAUCUACAUCCACAGAGACACCAACCCCUACCUUGACUACCACAGUUACUUCAACUUCAUCACCUACUACUUCAGAGACCUUAACCUCUACCUCCACUGAAAACACAACUCCAACAUCUACUAGCCAAACUCCUUCUAAAUCUCCAACGAAACCAUCAACACCUGUGACCACUGUGCUCCCCUCUUCCCCACCUACGGAGUCCAUCAUCAUUCCUAGCACUCCUGCUACCACCAUAGUAACGUCUAGCACUGCAUCGUCACCUGGAACAUCACCAUCCAUCACUUCGUCAGCGGGCAGCACACCCUCUUUACCUCCAGGACCAACACCGGGACCCUCCACCACUGCUUCCGGCACAUCUACUUCCUCAAGGACCACAACAGGACAAACUUCACCCACCACAAGACCACCCUCCACAUCCACCCCUACAUCCUUCACUGUGCCAGUAUCUACCACGGAAACCACACCAACUACUUUGGAGACCACCAGGACCUCUUCUUGGGGCACAAUCUCCUCAGCCUCCCCAAUCACCUCUCCCAUCACUGACUGGAUCAGUGUUGAGACCUUGGUUACCUGCUGUGUUUUGAAUGACACGUACUAUGGUCCAGGUGAACUGGUCUACAACAAUACCCAUGGGAACACUUGUUAUUAUGUGAACUGCUCUGAGGAGUGCAAACUCCAAAUCUUCGAUUGGCCCUGUCCAUCUACUCCCUCAACUUCUACACCAUCAACACCAACGUCCUCCCCGACGACCACACCCUCCACACCAUCUACCACAUCUUCAAAGUCUACACCCUCUACAGCAUCAUCUACCACAUCUUCAAAGUCUACUUCCUCCACAACAAAAUCCACAUCAUCCAAGGCACCAACCACAACCUCCACCCCUGGGUGGUGCCUCGACUUUGAUCCUCCUAGACAGGAGAAUGAGACCUGGUGGCUAUGUAACUGUACCAUGGCCAUUUGCAAGCAUGACAACGUAGUGGAGCUUGUGGAGCGGAAGUGCGAACCCCCGCCCAUGCCUACCUGCUCCAAUGGCCUGAAGCCUGUGCGUGUCAUCGACCCUGAUGGCUGCUGCUGGCACUGGGAGUGUGACUGCUACUGCACCGGCUGGGGGGACCCACACUUUGUCACCUUUGAUGGGCUCUACUACAGUUACCAGGGUAACUGCUCCUAUGUUCUAAUGGAGGAGAUUACCCCCACGGUGGACAACUUUGGGGUCUACAUUGACAACUACCAUUGUGAUGUCAGUGACGAGGUAUCCUGCCCCCGCACACUAAUUGUGCGUCACGAGACCCAGGAAGUGCAGAUCAGGACUCUGCAGUUGAUGCCCAUUGUGGUGCAGGUGCAGAUAAACAAGCAGGUAGUGGCUCUGCCCUACCAGAAGUUUGGGGUGCAGGUAUACGAAUCUGGCAUCAACUAUGUGGUGGACAUCCCCAGGCUGGAAGCUCAGAUCACCUACAAUGGCCUGUCUUUCUCCAUUCGGCUGCCCUACCACCUCUUUGGCAACAACACAAAGGGCCAGUGUGGCACCUGCACCAACAGUACUGAAGAUGACUGCAUCCUGCCCAGCGGGGAGAUCAUCUCCGACUGUGAGGUUGCAGCUGACGAGUGGUUGGUGAACGACCCCUCCAAGCCACACUGUCCCCACAGCAGCUUCACCACCAAGCGCCCAGCCGUCACGACAGCAGGGUUCUUGCCACCUGAGAACUGCACUGUGUCUCCUAUCUGCGAGCUCAUCAAGAGCAGCCUGUUCUCUGAGUGUCACCCCUUCGUGCCUCCCAAGCACUACUAUGAAGCCUGUCUGUUUGAUAGCUGCUUUGUACCUAACUCUAAUUUGGAGUGUGCCAGUGUACAGGCCUAUGCAGCCCUCUGUGCCAAGGAAGGCACCUGCGUUGACUGGCGGAACCGUACUGAGGGGGCCUGCUCUGUGGAGUGUCCCUCUCACAAGGAGUACAAGGCCUGUGGCCCUGCAGAAGAACCCACCUGCCAGUCCAGCGCCUCCCAGAAUUUCACAAUCUUGGUGGAAGGCUGCUUCUGUUCUGAAGGCACCACAAAGUUUUCCCCUGCCAUUGAUGUCUGUGUGAAGACUUGUGGCUGUGUGGGACCUGACAAUGUGCCCAGAGAGUUUGGAGAGCACUUUGAGUUUGACUGCCAGGACUGUGUUUGCCUAGAGGGUGGAAAGGGCAUUGUCUGCACUCCAAAGAUAUGUGCUGGGGAGAACCAGACCACAUGCGAGGAGGAUGGCGAAUACCUUGUCGAAGAGCUCGACCCAGAUAACAAGUGCUGCAACAAAACCACAUGUAAGUGUGACACCAAACUAUGCAGUGCGGAACGUCCCUCUUGCUCGCUGGGAUUCGAAGUCAAGAGUGUCACUAAGCCUGGAAAAUGCUGUCCAGAUUACUCCUGUGUACCCAAGGGUGUGUGUGUGCACGAGAAUGCUGAAUACCAGCCUGGAUCUCCAGUGUACUCCACCAAGUGCCAGGAAUGUGUAUGCACCAACACCACGGACAAUGCCACCCGUGUCAACUACAUCUCCUGUACACAUGUGCCCUGCAAGAUCUCCUGCAGCUCUGGCUUUGAGCCUGUGGAAGUCCCUGGGGAGUGCUGCAAGAAAUGUCAGCAGACCCACUGCAUCAUUGAGAAGCCAGACCAGCAGUAUAUCAUCCUGAAGCCCGGGGAGAUACAGAAAAACCCCAACGACCACUGUACCUUCUUCAGCUGCUUGAAAAUCAACAACCAGCUCAUCUCCUCUGUCUCCAACAUCACCUGCCCCGACUUCAACGCCGAUGAUUGUGUUCCGGGCUCCAUCACGUACAUGCCAAAUGGCUGCUGUAAGACCUGUAUUCCUAAAAACAACACCGCAGUCCCUUGCUCGCUCAUCCGUGUCAAGAAGGAGAUUUCCUACAAUGGCUGCUCCAAGAAUGUCUCCAUGAACUACUGCUCGGGCUCCUGUGGGACUUUCGCCAUGUACUCUGCCCAGGUCCAGGAUCUGGAUCACAGGUGCUCUUGCUGCAAGGAGGAGAGGACCAGCGAGCGCCAGGUGACCCUGGAAUGUCCAGAUGGCAGUCAGCUGAGCCAUACUUACACACACAUUGAGAGCUGUCUCUGCCAGGACACCGUCUGUGCGCUCCCCCAGGCCCAGCAAGUCCGCGUCAGGCGUUCCAGUCCCCGACUUCUGGGAAGGAAGUGAAUGGGUUCUACCGUGUUCCUCCCUUCCCGUCUCGCACCAUGCUGCUGACCCUCUGAGCUCCCUCCUCUUCUAGCUUGGCUUCUUCUCUGCCGAUAUUUAUUUUCAGAGUUUCUGUUCCAUCCCUUGCUUUAUGAUAAUAAACUCAGGCAUAGCCAA